AUGGCAAAGUCAACGUCUCUCGCUGCUUUUGCAGCUGCGGCGCUCUUCGCAACCAAAGGUCUUGCGAGCAACUUUACCAUCAGCAACGGCCAGAUUUACACUCCUGGUUUUGUCGUUGUUGAUUCUCCCCAGCCGGACACGCCUCUUGGCGGAGAUAAUAUCGAGAUUGCACUGGAUGUCUCCACCAACGGCAAGCUUCCUCUGCCGCCCUACGACGAAGACGCUUCCAGCCAAAUCUACAACAUCAACAUCUUCCUUUACAGCUACGACACGGGCCGCAAUUUCACCAUCACCAACGGCACUGCGUCGGCCAACAAUGCCACACUUGGUGAUAUCAUGCUCUCCGAGCCCGGUAGCACCGUGAAGCAUGUCAGGUGGACAUGGCCUGACUGCAUGGUUGGUGAUGGUGGCAGCGGGAGUGACCGUGGCAGCUACAAUAUCUCUAUUCGCCAGAGCUUUCGACUCAACGGCGAGGAUCACUACACCAUUUUCGACCUCCCCAUCUCCGUGACUAACAGCAUCAGCAAAAGGGAGGACCGCCCGUCUUGCCAAGCACUCGAUAACCCGCUUCUAGCGCCCGAGGAUAUCGAUUGGACAGACACCAACGAGCUCGGUGUUCUUUUUGCCCCUGGCGAUUCGACAGUUAUUGAGACGCCAGAUGCCGGUAGUGGUGCUGGGCUGGCGAGCUGCAAGGAUGUUCUUGACUUGCUAUGUGUGGUGGGUUUUAGCUAUGCUCUGUUGUUGAGCUAA